AUGGCAGACGAGCCCAAUGCUGCGGAUGCCAUCGAACUUUCGGUGCCUGGGGAUGCCACGACACUGUCCGAUGCCAUACGGCUGGGCCGGCAGCGCUGCAAAGCAGGAGCUUCUCUUCUUGUUAAGCUGGCAGCGGAACACCGGGAACCCCAGGAGGCCUGGCCAUUGGAGAUCGUUCUUCAAGAAGGAGACUGCCUCGGAAGGCUGAGCGUCACCGGGGCAACAAAUUCCCCUGCUCGCCUGGGUGAUGUGCAGCUUGCAUCGACUGAUGCAGCGCUUUGCAUGAGACACGUCGUGUGCGGCUCUCUUACCAUUGACGGCGUGGGAUGUGUUCUGGAAGACUGCGAGGCACAGAGCAUUGAAAUCGGCACCCGGGGGGCUGAUGCCGUGCGGCGCUGCAGAGUCCAAGGUGGACGAGUGGCCCUUGCUGCACAAGGCCCAGUUCGGCUGGAGGGCCUUGAGGUGGUGGAUUCUGUCAUCGGAGUCAGCAUCAAUGGCAACUUUGCCGUGGAAGUGCACCGGUGCUGCUUCACUCGCUGCAGUGCUGCCGCGAUCGUGUCCCAUGUGGACCUGCCAGCUGACAAGGAAGCGGAAGUUCGGCCCGUGCUCAAGAUGUCCGACAACCUCUUGGAGGACUGCACCCGCAAUUUGGAGGUGAGGGUGCAACUACCUUGUGCUGAGUCGUUGAUUUUCGACAGACUGCCAUUGGCAGCAGGAAGCUACGAGGUUCCGCGACGUUCCAAGUCGAGCUGGGAAGUUCAGGUCAGCGACCUGGGUGUUGUCUCAUGGCGUUGCGCCCCCGUGGCAGAGCCGGGCCCAAGACGCAGAAGACGAAAGGAGAAGGAAAGGAACGCAGCCGAGGCAGCUGAAUCAGACGAUACCACCAGAAGAAAGUUUACAGACGACGAGGCUUGGGCAUGCAAGAUUUUGGGAUUGCGGCGCAAUGCUGCAGCUACUCCGCGCGAAGUUCGUGCGGCCUACCGGAAGAAAGCCAGGGAGGUGCAUCCAGACAAGCAGGCCGAGCCGAUGGUUGGCCCAUCCUUCCUGGAUGUCUCGGCAGCUUCUCAGGCCUUAUUGGCUGGUUUCAUCCCUGCUCCAGCACCUCUGAAGCGGCGAAGAAGCAGCACUCGUGAGCAUGGUCGGAAAAUCGUUCAGGAUGUUUGCCUUCGAGUUGCAGCGAAGCCCACGGGAAAUUUCAUUACUCGCAAGAGUACUUCUGUCUUCGCCAGCUCCCAGCUGCUUUCCACAGCUCCGCGGAAGGCCACCGGCUCGGAAAGCAGUCCUCUCCUAGGCCGUGUGAUUGAGAUAGACACCGCGCAAAUCCACCGGCGCCUACAAGAGGACGACAUCGUUUGCGUUCUCCCUGUCGGUGCAGGGUCACUGCUAGGAACCGGUAGCCAGCUCCGUUACGUCCCGUCAGAGGAACUCGCAGCUCAGGUGGCCAAAGAGCUUAAAGCCACCAAGCUGAUCUUCUUCACCCGGGGCCAGAGGCUCAUGGACACUGCUCGAGGGCAUGUGAUUCCCACAAUGCAGCUGGGGGAAGCAGACAGGCUGCUGGAGUAUGCGAAAACCAGCAGCAGUUUUAUGGAAAAGGAAGAGUCGCGAGAGGUCAUCUUCUACUUGGAACUGCUCCUGCAAGCACUUCGCAGCGGCACACGUCGGGCUCAUCUGAUUGACCCACGACGUGGCGCUCUGCUUCAGGAGCUGUACACCACGGAUGGAAGUGGGACAAUGAUCUCGCUGGAUCUCUACGACGGUAUCAGGCUGGCGAGAUCGGGUGAUGUAUCCGGUAUUCUCGAACUCAUUGAGCCCCUGGUGAGGAGGGGGCUACUCAGACGGCGCAAUACCUACGAGGUGGAGCGUGCAUGCAACAAUCAAGAGAUGUUCGUGUGGAAGCGCGAUGACAAGUUUGUUGGCUGCGCCAGCCUUCAGCAAUUUAGUGAUGCUCCGGGCAAAGCAGAGCUGGGCUGCUUCGUCAUUUCACCACUCUGCCGAGGAAAAGGCCACGGCGCUGUGCUCCUCUCAUACGUUGAACAGGUCGCUAGGCUGCUCGGCGUGCAGCAGCUGUUCCUCCUGACCACGCAAACAAUGCAGUGGUUUGUGGAGCGCGGCUUUCAGAAUGCUCCAGUGGAAGAGCUUCCACCAGGCAAGCGCGAGGGCUACGAUCUCGGAAGGUCUUCAAAGGUGUUUAUCAAGAACAUUUCAGACUUGCCAAGUGAGCUGCAGCAACGUUUCACGUUCGUAGAAGUAGAUACUUUAGAUUGA